CCGUCACUUUCUGUGUAGUUCGGACAAGCUUUCAGAUCAGCUGUGGACAGACAGAGUAAAUCAACCUGCAUGCUUUUUUCUGCAGAUAACUAAAUGGAUAGCAAAGGAAUAUAAAGAUACGAACUAACUAGAAGACCCUGAGCAGACAGAGGAAAAGGAAAAAGGAAGCUUUUUUAUUUAAAAAAAAUCUGUGUUGCAAAACUGUGUCUUGUUGGAGAAAGUCUUGUUCUCUACUCCGUGAAUGUUUUACAUUGGAGAAGUGCAUUGGUGCUUUUAAUCGGCCAGACGCGGUCUAGUUUCCAAGCGGAGCGGCAAGACAACACCAGAGACAUGAUUUUGAGACUGGGCUCGGUUGUUGGCGUUGCUGCUUUUUGUUUACAUGCGUUAUUCUUGUGGUUUUAUGCAAAGGUGGUGGAGGGAACCGGUCAGUUCGAGUUGGACAUCUUAUCGAUGAACAACCGGAACGGUGAGCUUCUUAACGGGCAGUGUUGUGACGGUUCACGGAUCACCGGGGAUCGGAAAUGCAGGAUGGAUGAGUGUGAUACGUAUUUUAAAGUGUGUUUGAAGGAAUACCAGUCGCGGGUCUCGGCUGCGGGACCGUGCAGUUUCGGGUCCGGAUCUACGCCUGUCCUGGGAGGAAAUGUAUUUUCUUUGAAGAGCUCUGCGAGGAAUGAAAGAUCCAGGAUUGUUUUGCCGUUCAGUUUUGCCUGGCCAAGGUCAUACACGUUGAUAGUGGAAGCCUUGGACGCUAAUAACGACACGAGUGGUGGUGAUGGUCAGGUGAUUGAGAAGGCGUCCCACUCUGGGAUGAUCAACCCCAGUCAUCAGUGGCAGAAGCUCAGCCACAACGGUCCUAUUGGUCAGUUUGACUAUCAGAUCCGGGUCAGCUGUGACGAGCACUACUACGGCUUCGGGUGCAACAAGUUCUGCCGACCCCGAGACGAGUUCUUCGGGCACUACACCUGCGACUACAACGGGAACAAGACCUGUCUGGAGGGCUGGUCUGGACUAGAAUGUAACACACCUAUCUGUCGGCAGGGCUGCAGUACAGAACAUGGACACUGCAAAGAGCCAGAUGACUGCAAGUGUCUGUAUGGCUGGCAGGGGCAGUACUGUGACCAGUGUAAUCCUCACCCUGGAUGUAUCCAUGGAACCUGUGUUGAACCAUGGCAGUGUCUGUGUGAUACCAACUGGGGAGGACAUCUCUGUGACAAAGAUCUGAACUUCUGUGGGACCAAACAGCCCUGUCUGAACGGAGGAACCUGCAGCAACACGGGACCUGACAAAUACCAGUGUUCCUGUGUUGAGGGCUACUCUGGAGUCAACUGUGAGAGGGCAGAGCAUGCAUGUCUGUCCAACCCCUGCUCUGAUGGAGGGAGCUGUGUCGAGACCAGUCAAGGUUAUGGGUGUGUAUGUGGAGCGGGUUGGAGCGGACCCUCCUGUAGCAUCAAUGUUGAUGAGUGCUCUCCUAACCCCUGUCACCACGGUGGGACCUGUCAGGAUCUGGUUCAUGCUUAUAAGUGUCACUGUCCUCCUCAGUGGACCGGCAAGACCUGUCGCAUAGAUGCCAACGAAUGCGACAGCAAGCCCUGUGUCAACGCCAACUCCUGCCGCAACCUGAUUGGUGGAUACUUCUGCGAGUGUGACGCUGGUUGGACGGGGCUGAACUGUGACAUCAAUCUCAACGACUGUAAAGACCAGUGCCACCACGGAGGAACCUGCAUGGACUUGGUGAACGGGUACCGCUGUGUGUGUCCUGCGGGUUACUCUGGAGACCACUGUGAGAGAGAUGUGGAUGAAUGUGCCGGCGCUCCCUGUCUGAACGGCGGGCGAUGCCAAGACCAGGUCAACGGAUUCACCUGCCUCUGUCUGGCCGGGUUCUCUGGACAUUUCUGCCAAUUGGAUAUAGACUACUGCUUCGCCAACCCCUGUCAGAACGGUGCUCUAUGCUUCAACGUCGCUAAAGACUACUACUGUGGCUGUUCAGAAGACUACGAGGGAAAAAACUGCUCUCACCUCAAAGACCACUGUCACACCACCACGUGCAAAGUGAUUGACAGCUGCACGGUUGCCGUGGGAUCCAACAGUACCCCUGGAGGAGAGCGGUACAUCUCCUCCAACGUGUGUGGUCCUCACGGACGCUGUCGGAGCCAGGAUGGAGGACAGUUCAGCUGUGACUGUCAGGAGGGCUUCAGAGGCACAUACUGUCACGAGAAUAUUAAUGAUUGUGAGAGCAGCCCGUGUGGUAACGGAGGAACCUGUAUAGAUAAAGUCAGUGUGUACCAGUGUAUCUGUGGAGACGGCUGGGAGGGGGACCACUGUGAGAUCAAUAUAGAUGACUGCAGCACUAGUCCAUGUCAUAAUGGAGGAACAUGUCAAGACCUGGUGACUGAUUUCUUCUGUGAGUGUAUGAACGGCUGGAAGGGGAAGACCUGCCACUCCCGUGAGAGCCAAUGUGACGAGGUUACCUGUAACAACGGAGGGACAUGUCAUGAUGAGGGAGACACCUUCCAGUGCAAGUGUUCUCCUGGAUGGGAGGGGGCUACCUGUAAUAUAGCUAAGAACAGCAGCUGUCUUCCUAACCCCUGUCAGUACGGGGGAACCUGUGUGACCAGUGGGGACUCCUUCACCUGCGUCUGCAAGGAGGGCUGGGAGGGAGACACCUGUAAACAGAAUACCAACGACUGUAAUCCCCACCCAUGUUAUAACAGUGGGACCUGUGUGGAUGGUGAUAACUGGUAUCGAUGUGAGUGCACUCCAGGGUUCGCUGGGCCAGACUGCAGGAUCAAUAUCAACGAAUGCCAGUCCUCUCCGUGUGUGUUUGGUGCUACCUGUGUUGAUGAAAUCAAUGGCUUCCACUGCCUGUGUCCCCAAGACCGAUCAGGACCACGUUGUCAGGACGUGACAGGGAGACCGUGCUCAGGGAACAGUCGUGUCACCCCUGAUUUAGCCAAGUGGGAUGAGGACUGCAACACCUGCCAGUGCUUUAAUGGGAAGGUUGUCUGUACUCGAAUGUGGUGUGGUCUUAGGUCCUGCCGAGUCAGCGGUGGGGUUAAAGGCCACGGUAGCAGAGGAGGGUGUCUGUCUGGUCAGAGCUGUGUACCAAUCAGGGAGGAGCAGUGUUUUAUCCGACCGUGUCUGGGUCAGGGGGAGUGCCACCCCUCCUCCCCACCGCCCAACAAAUGCCACCCCAGCUCCGGUUACCACGACAACAGCUGUGCUAACGUAACACUUACGUUCACCAAAGAUACCAUGCCCAGGGGUCUGAGUAUUGAGGCAGUGUGUAAGCAGCUGAGACAACUGUACGUGGUCAAGAAUGUGUCCUCUGUUUCCAUAACCUGUCACCCUUCAACCUCCGCCAGCAACGAGAUCCAUCUCAGCAUCUACACAGUGGACCAGUGGAUGGACAGAUCACCUAUAAAGGAGAUAACAGAGAGGAUCAUCGAUCUGGUGUCUAAACGCCAUGGCAACAACAGCAUCAUCACCGCCAUUGCUGAGGUCAGAGUUCAGCGGACGCCGAGCACUAGCCACACCGACUACAUGGUUCCCCUCCUCUCUUCAGUCUUCAUCGUCUUGUGGAUCCUGGUGCUGGUCUCCGUCUUCAUGUGCUGCAUGCGUCGCCGGCGGAAACAUGGCAACGGAGCCUCGUCGUCCGUGGCGACGGAUGACAACACCACCAACAACGUCCGCGAGCAGCUCAACCAGAUCAAGAAUCCCAUCAACGUGAAACACGCUGGCGGCGGCCAUCUAACGACGUCGGUGGUCAUCAAAGACUACGAGGAUAAAAACUUGAUCGUCGCCAAGGUACGAACACACCACCGCCCUGAGGGGGAGGAGGACGACGAUAAAGAGAGACAGCUAGGGAAUAAAGGACGCUUUGUGGUUACAGCCAAACAGCCUGCCUACACACUGGUGGAGCGGGAGGAUCAGGGCCUCAAUGGAGGCCUGGGGGCCAACGGGCCCAGCGACGGGGACAUCAGGACCGCGGUGCAGCCCAGCUCCAAACACCCUAACUGGAUUAAUAAACAGGACAAUAGAGCCCCGGAGACGCCACACAGCAUCAACCAGAUGGACUACAAUAGAGCCCUGGAGACGCCACACAGCAUCAACCAGAUGGACUACAAUAGAGCCCUGGAGACGCCACACAGCAUCAACCAGAUGGACUACAUCGUAUAACAGGAAAUGAUAUAGCAGGAGGCAGGAAGUAGCAUGUAAACCCUGUGUAAAGAAUUCCCCCUUCCCUUCCUGGACGUUAUGGUCAUCCCGGCAAGGUGGUUCUUCUGAUACGCUGUGUUGACACUGUUUUCGUUUCGUGCAACCAUUGACCUUAGUGAAGAGGACAAGGGGGAGUGUUCUGGGAUUUGUAGUUCCUAAACUGCUGCGUCAUUAUUCUGUGACUACAAAGGUUUGUUGUUUGGAUGAAUGAAUCCAUGGCUGCAUCAGAUGAGGUACCCUAUUCCCUGUGUAGUGCACUACUUUUGACCAGGGCCCUAUGGGUUUGAUGCACUAUGUAGGGAUUAGAGUGCCAUUUGGGACAUUUCCCGUGACUGUUAAUUUAAGUUUGGACAAGCUGGCUACACUGGCAGAAAAGGUUGAGGCUGAGAACCAGGUGCUGUGUUUUCAUAUUUCAACACUUAUUACCUAAUAUUAUGACCUAAUAAUAAGUGCACUACUUUUGACCAGCGCCCAUAGGGCUCCCUCACAUAGGGCUCCUCCCAUAGGGCUCCCUCCCAUAGGGCUCCUCCCAUAGGGCUCCUCCCAUAGGGCUCCCUCCCAUAGGGCUCUCCCAUAGGGCUCCCUCCCAUAGGGCUCCUUGGUUUUCUGCAAAGUCACUGUUCAGGUAGUGGAUGUUGUUGGAAGGCCUCCCUUUCCUCUUGGGGUUUUCUGCAAAGUCAUUGCAAAAUAGUCUAAAGAAGGAAACAUUUAAGUUAGCAGCACAGUAUAUUUUGUAUUUGUGAGUUUUCCAUCUGUUCCAACUAGUUCUGUCUUUGUGAAAAUGUAUUUUUAGCUUCCUACUACAUCAACCAAUCAAAUCCAUCUUGAUUUACAUGGAUUAUCAUUUGUUUGUGGUGGGCGGGGCGAUGCCAGUAUCUACUGGCACUAUGAAGAAUGUCCACGUCAAUCUAGAACGUGUAGCUAUGUACAUUUAUUAAUCAUUGUGUAUAUUUGAUUUAUUAACUUAAUAAUAAUCAAGAGCCUAAAGAUAUAUUUCCCUUUUUAUUUAUAUGUUCUGUCUCUAGAUUUUGAAGGUUUUCGGUAGCUUUGUAAGUUUACAUUUAAUUUUGAUUGACAUUUUUAUUUUAUGAAACGUCAGAGGAAGAAGAAAAUAAGGACUUUUUCGAAGAAAAAUUAAUUCCCUGUUUAUUGGUUGUUGUUUUUUAAAAUAAUGAUUUCAGAUGUUUUCAAAUAUCCAUUUUGCCAAGACUUUGCAGGUUAAGGGGGUUGAUGUAAUAAAAACAAGACUGGUUGCUUUGUUAUAAAUUCUAAACGAUGGUGGCAGACAUAUUGUUUGUCCUGAAAACACAAACGGCCUUUAGCAGCAUCUAACUCAUAAUCCACAAAUGAUCAAAGCACAUUAAACAGUGUAUCACAUUCUCACAAAACAAUAUCUGACAACUUAGGGGAGAGUGGGGUAAAUCAAGCCUUUAUUGUUGCAUUCAUCAUCACUCCGUCAAGGAAAUAUACGAUUCUUUCUAACAAAGAUAUCUACAUAUAUUUCAGGGUGUUGAGUAUCCCUGGAAAUAAUCAGAAUUCAUGUAGAAAUUACAGUUUUGAAAAGAAAAAGUGGUCUCUGGGCACAAUUUAUCCUGGGAAGAAAAGACAUGUUUACUAUAUUUGCCAGGUCGCAGUUGCAAAUGAGAACUUGUUCUCAACUAGCCUACCUGGUUAAAUAAAGGUGAAAUAAAUACUAUAUUUGCCCACGCAGCUACAAGGAUGCACUUUCAAGGCUAGGUUCAGGACCUCAUACUGAAGCUGAAAGAGACUCCAGCUGAUAUAUAGAACAAUCUUUAAAUAUACUUCGAUUUAGAUACAAGCAUCAUGAAAUGAAUUUGACUUGGGGGAAAAUCUGUUUAUUGGACCUGAUUUGUUCAUCCACUUCCUCCAUGUGGUUUCUUCCUUCACUGACUCCGUCAAAUUAUAAAUAUUUGGUCAACUGAUACGUUUUCUGUAUGGUUUCCUAGAAAGAAGGGUGGCUCAACUUACCCUACUCUCCCCUAUGGCAAAUCACACAACAAUCACACAUCAAUGUCUACUGGAACAGUAGGGGGGGUCAAUAGUCUAGCCUGAGUCCCAGAUCUGUUGGUGCUGUCUUGUCAUGUCCAUUGCUAGGACUGCUGUCACACAUGUUGGGAAGACUGCACAGACAGAUCUGGGACUCGAGCUAUGGCAGCGUUUCCCAAACGUAGUCCUGUCGAUCCCAAGAGGUGCAUGUUUAUGGUUUUUGCUCUUAGCUGUACACAUCUGAUUCAAAACUCAUCUUUUGAUUAUUAGAAUCAGCUGUGUAGAACAAAGCCAAAAGGUGCACCUCUUGGAGUCUCCAGGACGGAGGAAACGAUGGUCUAGGGUGUCAACGGGAACAGGAUCACGUAAACAUGUAUUUCCUUCCCUCUCUGCUCAGCGCUGUGGGAGACUGGUGUUUUGUUUCUGUUUUAAAUGCACAUGUUAUUUUAAACUAUUGAAAGGCUCUUUGAAAGAAGACAUGUUUUUUUAUUUCUCAGAUGUUACUACUUUAUGACAUCAUGGAAAUAUUCAUUUAGUGUUUCCUCUCUUGUUAUGGAUUUUUAGAUUGUAUUUGUGAUGUUGUUCCUGGCAAUCUUUUUAGAGGGUUUUGUUCUUUUGAAAAAGGUCAAUAUUUAUUAAAUAUUUUGUAUGAAAAGAGAUAAUAAAACAGUCCCUGUUCUGGA